UGUAUGCCAGUAUCUACAGACAGCUAGCCUGCUAGCUAACAACAACAUAAGAUCCCUCACGACCGCCGAUAGCAUUUAACUCAACAUAAAGGGGGCAAAUAGCUUCCAUCUGGUGUGUACUUAUGCAGAUGGACGCCAGGAGUGAACGUUGACAAGUUAAAGUGGCUGACAUCUUCACCCUCUCGCUCCCCAACACCCUCUGUCACGCUGGCAAUGUCAAGAGUCCCGAGUCCCCCUCCCCCUGCGGAAAUGUCCAGCGGGCCUGUGGCCGAGAGCUGGUGUUACACACAGAUCAAAGUGGUGAAGUUCUCUUACAUGUGGACCAUCAACAACUUCAGCUUCUGUCGCGAGGAGAUGGGCGAGGUCAUCAAGAGCUCCACCUUCUCGUCUGGGGCUAAUGACAAGCUGAAAUGGUGUUUGCGAGUGAAUCCCAAGGGCCUAGAUGAGGAGAGUAAAGACUACCUGUCUCUCUACCUGCUGCUGGUCAGCUGUCCAAAGGCGGAGGUGCGCGCCAAGUUCAAGUUCUCCAUUCUCAACGCCAAGGGAGAGGAGACCAAAGCCAUGGAAAGCCAGAGAGCAUAUCGCUUUGUCCAGGGGAAGGACUGGGGAUUUAAAAAGUUCAUCCGGAGAGACUUCCUCCUUGAUGAGGCCAACGGACUUCUACCUGACGACAAGCUGACACUCUUCUGUGAGGUGAGUGUGGUGCAAGACUCUGUCAACAUAUCUGGCCAGAACACCAUGAACAUGGUAAAGGUGCCUGACUGCAGGCUAGCAGACGAACUUGGGGGCCUGUGGGAGAACUCGCGCUUCACGGACUGUUCGCUCUGUGUGGCUGGACAGGAGUUCCAGGCUCACAAAGCCAUCCUGGCAGCCCGAUCCCCAGUAUUCAGCGCCAUGUUUGAGCAUGAGAUGGAGGAGAGCAAAAAGAACCGCGUGGAGAUCAACGAUGUGGAGCCCGAGGUUUUUAAAGAGAUGAUGUGCUUCAUUUACACAGACAAGGCUCCCAACCUGGACAAGAUGGCCGAUGACUUGCUGGCAGCAGCUGACAAGUAUGCCCUGGAGAGACUGAAGGUGAUGUGUGAGGAUGCUCUGUGCACCAGUCUGUCUGUGGAAAAUGCUGCUGAGAUCCUCAUCCUGGCUGACCUGCACAGUGCUGACCAGCUCAAAACACAGGCUGUUGACUUCAUCAACUACCACGCUGCAGAGGUGAUGGAGACGGCCGGCUGGAAGUCCAUGGUGGCGUCUCACCCUCACCUUGUGGCAGAAGCCUACCGCUCGCUGGCCUCGGCCCAGUGUCCGUUCCUCGGACCCCCGCGCAAACGCCUCAAACAGUCCUAACAGCCCGAGGACAGAGUCAUAUACAACUCUGUCAUAUACACACACACACUUUCACACGUACAAACAUGAAAGACACAG